AACUUACAUUCCUUCUAUCUCCUGUUGCCGAACUAAUUCCUCUGAAACCCCGUUUGAUCCAAUUCGUUACUCAUGCGUACCCUCACUCUCUUGGCCACCUUACUGGCCGUUCUGGCCGGCCUGUACAAUUACUUCAACGCGCGUCUCGAGCAGUUUUACAUCUUUGAACCCGGCCAGUUGCAUGACCUCUCUCAGCGUGCAAUUGCUGCACAUGGAAACGAUACUCGCGCCGUUGUAAAUUACAUUGUCUCGGAGCUAGAUGAGAAGGUCCCCGGAAACCACCUGAACAAGGACGAGGAAUGGGUGUUCAACAACGCCGGUGGUGCCAUGGGUGCCAUGUAUAUUAUUCAUGCUAGUAUCACGGAGUACUUGAUUAUUUUUGGAACCGCAAUCGGCACCGAAGGUCACACUGGCCGUCACACUGCGGAUGAUUACUUCAAUAUCCUUCAGGGUACCCAGCUUGCCUAUGUCCCUGGAUCCUACGAGCCUGAGGUCUACCCUCAGGGCAGCGUGCACCACCUCAAACGUGGCGAGGUGAAGCAAUACAAGAUGGAUGAGUCCUGCUUCGCGUUGGAAUAUGCCCGUGGCUGGAUCCCUCCCAUGCUCUUCUUCGGAUAUGCCGAUACUUUCUCCAGCACUCUGGAUUUCCCUACCCUGUGGGCUACUUCUAGAAUCACGGGCCGGGAGAUGAUCGCCAACUUGUUCAAGGGGAAGCUGUAAAAGUCCUCUUCAGGUUUCUUGUACUCUCUUACAACAACCUUAAUAUCUAGAUGUGAUUGGGUCAUGAUUAUGUAUAUUAUAGGUAUAGCGAUACCAAGAUUUUUAAUUAGAAUCCAACCGUGAUUACAUUUUUCCGUGCAAUGGAACCUUUCUUGUUCUGCUUAUUUUUGUU